AGGAGAGAGAGAGAGAGAGAGAGAGAGAGUCCUCUCCGACCUACAAUCCCAUCUUUCGCCGCACUGCUCGUUAUAUAUAUAUAUGUGUGUGUGUGUAUAUAUGAUCAGAGUAUAUAUGUGUAUAGAUAGAGAGAGAGAAUUGGAAGGAAAUUCUGCAACAUUUCGUGCUUUCAAAACCAAUUGAUCCCAGUGGACCUACCUACUAUCUUCAAAAGUUACUGUUUUUGAUUGCUUUCUGAGUACACUUCCAAAUUCUAGCCGAGUCUGUCUCGUUUUUCAGAGGAAUCUGAACACAAUUAUGCAAAGUUUAUCGUAACUCGUAUCAAAGAUUCGCUCAAAUCUGUGAUACGGAGUUCUGGCAGAUUAUUUCUGAAUCUCAAGUUGAAUUGUCCGUGCUCGAAUUUUCUCGGACAUAACCGAAGCCAAUUUUCUCGGGAAACAUGCAGUGAAGCCUUUUCUCGUGUGUCAAACACUGCUUCCACAAUUCGCAUCUCAAACGCAACGCUAAAACUAGAGGUCGAUUGCGCAGAUUAAUUCUCGUUUUUGAGAGCGCAAACUUUAUAAAGAAGACUCCACUUUUUCUGUAUAAACAGAUCUGAGAAGCACUUGAAGUGUUCGAAUCUAAAACUUCAAUUUCGCUUUUCAUUUUUGAAUUUCGAAGAAUUCAACACUCUAUUUGUGAUUCAUCGGAAAAUUCAGUAUUUCUCCGAUAGUAGAUUUCUUCUGGUGGUUAUAUAUUACCGAAAUUCGAUCGAAUUUCAACAAAAUCACUAUCAAAUAUCUCAAUUGUCGAUGGAGCUUCCUCAACCCCGUCCCUUUGGAACCGAAGGUAGGAAGCCAACACAUGAUUUUCUGUCACUGUAUUCACCUGUUCAACAAGAUCCAAGGCCUUCUCAAGCAGGUAGUUACCUAAAAACUCAUGAUUUCCUACAACCACUAGAACAAGUAGGGAAACACAGUGCCAAGGAGGUAAUUUCCAUGGAGAGAACAACUUUGGAGAAGCCUCCUCCACCAGCUCCUCCCCCUUCAAUUGAGCACCUUCUCCCGGGAGGGAUUGGGACUUAUAGCAUAAGCCAUGUUUCUUACAUUAAUCAAAGGGUUCCGAAGCCGGAGGGUGCUAUAUUUACAGUGGCACAAGCUAGUAGCACUGACAGAAAUGAGGAAAACUCUAACUGCAGUUCAUACACUGGAAGUGGAUUCACGUUGUGGGAAGAAUCUGCGGUGAAGAGGGGAAAGACAGGGAAGGAGAAUAUUGGUGCAGACAGAUGCGUCUUAAGAGAGGCAGGAGCGAAGAUGGGAGGGCAAUGGAUGACGUCAUCAGAGCGACCAUCACUUUCAUCUUCCAAUAACCAACGCAAUAACACCACCUUCAGCUCUCGCUGUUCUUCUCAGACAACAUCAGGGCAGAAAAAUCAAAGUUUCAUGAAUAUGAUAAAAUCUGCCAAAGGUGCCAAUGAAGAGGAAGAAGAUGACGACGACGAAGAGUUCCUUCUCAAGAAAGAGCCUACAUCCGACUACAAAGGAAAUCUAACAGUAAAGGUGGAUGGGAAGAGCACCGAUCAGAAAGCUAACACCCCGCGAUCAAAGCACUCUGCAACAGAGCAGCGUAGAAGGAGCAAGAUUAAUGACAGAUUUCAGAUGUUGAGAGAGAUCAUCCCUCAUAGUGACCAAAAGCGGGACAAGGCAUCAUUCUUAUUAGAGGUUAUAGAAUACAUUCAAUUUUUGCAAGAGAAAGUUCAUAAAUAUGAGGGGUCAUACCAAGAGUGGGACCACUAUCCAGCAAAGUUGAUGCCAUGGAGAACCAGUCACAGGCCUGCAGAAGGAUAUGUUGAUCAAUCUCAAGGGAUGAAUAGUGGGUCUGGUCCACCGUUAAAAUUUUCUGAAAAGUUUGAGGAGAGUAAUACAAUUGUGUCCCCAGCCAUUCCUAGGAAUGCACAUAAUCCAGUAGAAUCUAACAUGAGCACAGCUACAACCUUCAAAGCAAUGGAUUACAACCCGGGAUUAACAAAUAAGGUAGUGCCGAUUCCUGUGCCCUUGCAGCCAAACAUCUUCACUCCUGGUGGAAGCAGUGGUGCAAUAGCACCGAUUGCACCCCGGCUGGCUUCUGAUGCAGAGAACACGUCAUCUCAUCCUCAAUCCCAAUUAUGGCAGAGCAGAUCCUGCACCAACAAUAGUGUUGUGGCAAGUGAUAAGCUGAAAGAACAGGAGCUGAUUAUUGAAAGUGGUACAAUUAGCAUCUCAAGUGUGUAUUCUCAAGGGUUGUUAAAUACACUGACAGAAGCACUUCAGAGUUCUGGAGUGGACUUGUCACAGGCCAGCAUCUCAGUGCAAAUUGAUCUUGGGAAGCAAUCAAAUACUAGGCCAACUGCUCCUGUAUCUACUGUUAAGGAUGAUGAUGUUCGUUCAGACAGUCAAGCUAUGACGCGCACUAGAGUUGCAUACCGCGGAGAGAAUUCUGAUCAAGCCCUAAAGAGACUCAAGACAGGCAAAAGCUAGUAUGGCAAGUCAAUAAUAUUCUCUCUUUUUUGUUAUCUGAUUUAUUCAAUUUUUUGGGUUACCAUUUCCGUCUUUCGGGUGGGGUACUAUGGGAGAAAGGGCCUUAUUCAUGUCUUCUCCUGGUACAAACUACCCCAGUUGAGACCAUGACCUAUUUGUACAUUUUAAGUGGUGUUACAGAUUGUUGAGAUGCACAGGUUCUCCUAACAAACAUGUAUUAUUUAUUUAUAUUUGUUUUUAUAUUUAUAGAGGCUUCCAUUCUGAGAUUGAGAAGCUGUUUUGUCAUUCAAGGCUUCCAUUCAUGUGAAUUUUGUAACCUUGGCUUUCCAAACAUAAUUUCUUUUUGUGGGUAAUAUAAGAUGUUUUUUUUUAUUAUUUA